AUGAUACAUUUCAUUUUUUUCGUUGCUCUUUUUUUUUGCUCGCUUCGGGCGGAGGGAAGUGAAGUUGUGGAAGCCACCGAUAAAGAUUUUGACGACGUCAUUUCAAGUGGAGAGAUUGCGCUUGUGAAGUUCUAUGCUCCAUGGUGCGGGCACUGUCAGAAACUUGCGCCGGAGUGGGAGAAGGCGGCCAAAGAGAUUCCUAGCGGGGCGGUCAUGGUGGAUGUCGAUUGCACCAAGGAAAGCAAUUUGGCCCACAAGUACUCCAUUAAAGGGUUUCCCACAAUUAUUCUCUUUCGUGACGGCAAAGAGGUGGAACAUUACAAAGGCGGUCGCAAAAGUAGUGAUAUUGUAAACUACGUGAAGGCAAACCUUGGAACUGCAGUUGUCCAUGUUGAGACUGCUGAAGAAUUGGAAAAAUUAACGGAAGAGCAUAAUGCUGUAUGUGUGGGAGUGACCUCGGACAUGGAAUCCAGACUCUCGAAAACACUAGCGACUUCUGCAGAGGGCCUACGGAUGAAAAUGAAGUUUGUGGUUAUUACGGAUU